AUGUUACUGAACUUGUUUUGCAAAGUCAAGCGCACAGGUCCCGUGGGUGGAGGCUCACCUACAGGUCGCAGGCGACCCACGAGAAAUGUGAGCGAGACCCGAGCUCCUCCUAGUCACGCUCGAGCCAAUGCAGCAUCUGACCCUGAGGUUGAUCAGCUAUUGUCUGACGUUAGAGAAUACCUCAACAAAAAACUCAGGCAAAGCGGUGCAGAGGAGAGCGGGGACCAGGUGCCACCCGAGGGUAUCGUCGUGGAAGGUAAUAAUAUUGAAAAGUGUUUCACGGAGCGACCACCAGGAGGCGGACGGGCUAGACUUUAUCCAAAACAUCGGCCAAAGCAAGACGAGCGGAGACAAAGGAUGGCGGCAGAUCCCAUGCAGAAGGAGAGGCAGAGGAUCCAACAGUCCAUUCACGCCAUAAAUGCGCUUCUGAAGCAAUAUUCCUGAGACCUUUGUCGAUUCAAAGAGCAAUAACCGCCGUCAAUAUAUCUGAAAAAAGGAACAGAUUAGCAUAUAUUGGAUACUUUGAACCUUUUUAUAAUUUUCCACAAUAUAUCUUAAACGUAUAUCUCCUCCGUCCAGACCUUCUCAGCAAUUACUCCAGCCUCUUUUUGGUGAAACUGAAUGAUCUUACGUGAAAGUUUUUACC